CAGCUGGGAGCACUUUACCACGUGAUGCGGGAGAUGUUAGAGAGCAGCCAUCACCAUUUCACCUAAUUCAUGUCCAGCCUGAAAUGCAAAAAGGUGAGACGACAGGGGAGCUGAGAAACUACGAUGGAGUAGAGUCCUCCGCCUCUGCCCGGGUCCCGUCCUCCUCCUCCACCGCCUCUCAGCUCCAGCAGGCUUCAAUCACCACUUGGUCUCACCUCAGCUGUCUGCACCUGACAGAGGAGCACAAACCAGCUGCUUGGGCUGCAGGAGCACAGUGGAGGAGAAGGUCUGAGGCUGAUCACUCCCCCCAUUAGUCUUUGAGGAGGGGGGAGGAAGAGGAGGAAGAAGGAGCCGCUAUAACCACCUGGAGCAUGGGGCAAAAGGUCCCAGUUGGCAUUAAAACCAUUGAUAUGCGGGACCCGGCGUUCAGCCCCCUGAAGUUGGAGCUCCAGGCCCUGAGUCACACCAAGCCGUCUCGACUGGAUCUGCUGCUGGACAUGCCACCCGCCAGCAUGGACGUCCAGGUCCAGAACUCGUGGAACAACGACGACCGCUCCCUCAACAUCUUCGUUAAGGACGACAACAAGCUGGUGUUCCACAGGCACCCCGUGGCGCAGAGCACGGACGCCAUCCGGGGCCGCAUCGGCUACACGAGGGGACUGCAUGUGUGGGAGAUCAGCUGGGCCAUGCGUCAGAGGGGGACGCACGCCGUGGUCGGAGUGGCUACGAGCGACGCCCCGCUGCACUCGGUGGGCUACACGGCUUUGGUAGGAAGCAACGCCGAGUCCUGGGGCUGGGACCUGUGCAGGAGUAAACUCUACCACGACGGCAAGAACCACCCAGGAAAAACCUACCCAGCCUUCCUGGAACCAGACGACACCUUCAUAAUCCCAGACUCCCUAUUAGUGGUCUUGGACAUGGAUGAGGGGACUCUGGGCUAUAUAGUUGAUGGACAUUAUUUAGGGGUGGCGUUCAGAGGACUUAAGGGCAGGAAGCUGUACCCAGUGGUCAGUGCCGUGUGGGGACACUGUGAAAUACGAAUCCGGUACAUAAAUGGACUUGAUCCUGAGCCCCUCUCUCUGAUGGACCUGUGUAGGCGUUCAGUGAGGGUUGCGUUAGGAAGAGACCGUCUGAAUGAAAUCCAUAGACUGCCCCUGCCGGCCUCGCUCAAGAACUACCUGCUGUACCAAUGACGGCGCUGACAGCCACAGCGCGCUCAGCACACCCUCGUUUCUUUCUCGUGUUUCUCUGGGAUCAUUCUUGGGUCAAACCCGUUUGACAGCAUUGCUCAAGCCUCCAGGACUGACUCAGCCUCAUGGAUGAUUCAACAAGUACGCUUCUGUGUCAGUGGCUGGACUCUUUUGAGGUUCUUAUCCUGUUUUUUUAUGACUCUUUGCAAUUGUAUUCUCUAACUUUAUAAAAUCAGCAAUCACUGAGCACUAUGCACAUGCUGAUCCAGUCGAUGCUCUGAUAAUCACCACGUUGGUGGACCUCCAGUUUUAGGUCGAUGUGGCGUCAGUGGUCAGUACCUCUGCUGUGACUUCCAGACCUUUUGAUUUAUUAAACUGUAGUCUUUGAAAUUUAAACGCUGUUGUGCUAAAUCAACUGAGUGAUGAGCAUUAAACUUUUUAAUGUUGGUGCGGUGGUGCACUGCCACUUUCGGGCCACAAGGUGGCAGCACACACUUGUAAACCAUUUAUAAACCUCAUCUCAAAUUGAGCAUUAUAACUUGAAAUCCUAAUCGUUUUUAAGAAAUCAUGAUGAUUGUUUUUUUAAAAUAGAUAUUAAAUACAAUUUGCUGUGGACUUAACACAGAUAAGAGAUGCUGACCACUCCUUAGAGAGUCUGUGGUGCAGUGUGGAUGAAUGCACUGUGAGGCGGCUGAACAGCAGCUCUGACCACUCACUGCACUAUCAGGUUUCUCUGCCCCACCGCUAGCCAUCAGGCAUCCGACAGGAACACCAUCAGCAGAAACUUUAACGGAAAGAAAGAUAAUGUCACUGUGAUUAUUCGUUGCAUGCAUCUGCAGGAAACUCUUCUCAAUACAGUCACGUCUUUCUCAUUUGUCACUCCUGCUUUUUGUAGUGCGGUAGUUUUCAGCCACGUUCGGUCGACGCCCAGUAGAGUUUUUACAGGUUCUCCAUCAGCUGAUUCCACUGGUUUGAAAUGAACCAGUGAAACAGCGACGCUAGUGUAAUGGUCGGCUGGACACGUGGCUGAGAACAACUGAUGUAGUGUUCGUGUUUAUGACAUCUAAAAGGGGUAAAAAGGUGGUUUUUGGGAGCUGGCUGUGUAGGUACUUCCAUCAGCAAACUUCAUUUUUAAGACACCAUUAAUCUCAGAAAACGACAAUCUAUCUAAGUGCUGCACAAAUGUAAUAAAAUAUGGUCAGAUUGCCAACAUAUUGUCAAAUGCCAUAUCAUAGACCUGUUGACUCUAGUAUUUUUAAAAUGUGCAGACGUGCUGCAUGUUCAGCAUCCAGCUGGAUGUCGACACGCUGCGCUACACCUUCCUUUUCCUUGCUUGCAGCUUCCACUUUAUUUGUAUUCCUUGUUGUAGAUUUGUUUUCAAGUAUUAAAUAAAGAUUAUUUCAAAUUA